GAAUCGCCUGGUUGACUGGCGAGGUCCGGACCUCAGUAAUUAUUUCCUAACAAGCCCACCGUCUCCGCUUGACCCUGACAGCCAUCAAUAAGGCCACUGUCUGUGGUGGUGAGGUGACUGGAGAAGGCAGAUAGUGAGGCGCACCAUGGCUUCUCACAGCACAGCUAUGAUCACUGCAGCGAUGAGACAAACAACAACUUAGUGAAACUAAAAUCUUACUUGCUGAUAUUUCUGAAACUAUUGGCACUCUGUUGUGCAAAUUCUUUAAUACAAGUUGAUGUUAUAUUUCUACAACCGAUAAGGAUAAUGUCAUCAGCUGCUCCACAGCUGAACACGAGUGUCCAUAGCAGAGAGUCCGGCCCUCUCCUGUGAGACAGCACUGAUGAAAUAUUGAGCUGCAUUUGAUUUAAGAUUUGAGUUGGUUGCUUACAAUUUACAAGUUGGUGUAGUUAUGGCUCACUAGCUCAAAUAACACUGCUGGUUUGACUGUUUAUGAUGAAGUGGAUCUAUAGCCUGUGGUUUGUCAGAGUUGGUGAGGUUUACAUUUGUGUGGACAAUAACACACAGUAGUGACAUUUAUGCCUUAUCAAAAGUGUUUUUCUGUUAGUAGAUUUUUAUUCUUGUAAUAUUAACAUUUGUUUCUCAAAAUAUUUAAACCAUUACCUGACUUCCCAUGAAACACAGAUAUGAGGGAUGUGUAUUCAAUGUCAAGAAAGUUUUUUACAUGAGCAGAAAUCUGUCUGAAACACAUAUGAGCUAUUCAGUGCCAGAGCUUUAUAAAUGAAUUCAUAUUAUUAUCUGCAUGCUCCUGCGAGGUAAUUAAGUAAACACUGCAGAUCAGACUGCGCAUGCGCACAUGUGAGAAACCAUACAAAACAACAUAAGAGCCAAACAGGUUUGUUUGGGGGUUUUAUUGGAAACUAACUAUAACCCAUUUCAAGACGAAAACAUACGCAACCGGUCUGCCGUCCACUGCUGUGCAGGUGACGUCAUGCAGAGCAGCAUUCCUGAGUAUGUUUUGUUAAGGGUUAUGUGGCUAGUGCCGGGAAAACCCCACCUGCCUGGUGCUUAAGCUGUAGGCGUGGCCUGGGUUUGACUGCACAACCAGAAGCCUUCCAUAUUUGAUAUCUGGACGCUUACUGCAGCAGAGGACACUUACUCCUGAGCUUUAGCUUCCUUGACGGUGUAACCUGUUGAACAGGCACGAUGGUGAACUGCUGUGGUCUGCUCAAUACAAAUAAGGAACCAGUUCCUCUGAAGAGCGUGGAGGUGGAGCUGGAGGUGAGGGACCAUGUGGCUACAGUGGUCUCCACUCUGCACUAUGAGAACAAGGAGGACAAACCACUAGAGGCUGUUUUUGUCUUCCCUCUGCCUGGAGAUGCUGCUGUCUGUCAUUUCAGUGCUAAGAUUGGACAGAUACACAUUGUAGCUGAGGUGAAGGAGAAAAAGGAGGCUCGUGAGGAGUAUGACGAUGCUUUGAGCUCCGGUCAGCAGGCCUUCCUGUUGGAGGAGAGUGAGCAGAGUCCAGAUAUAUUCUCUCUGAGUGUGGGCAGUCUGCCUCCAGGAGAGAGCGCCUCCAUCAGGCUGGAGUACGUCACUGAGCUGGCCGUGCAGGCUGAUGAAGGGCUGAGGUUUUGUCUGCCUGCUGUGCUCAACCCUCGCUACCAACCUCAGGGGAGUGGUGGUAGUGAAGGUGGCAACGUUCAGGUGACCUCUGUUCCAGCCUCUCUGGUGCCCUACAGUCUGUCUUUCUCUGCCCGAGUGUCCUCUCCUCGUCCCGUCUCUAAAGUAGAGUCCAGCUGUCCCCUGGACCCUCUCCAGUACCUCAAGACAGAGCAAACCCAGGCCACGGUCAAGUUGGCUGCAGGACACAAGUUUGACAGAGAUGUUGAACUGCUGAUUUAUUACAAAGACGCCCACCAGCCCACUGCUGUGGUGGAGGCAGGACAGGCCUCUUCCCAGCCUGGCACUCUGAUGGGUGAUCCAGUAGUGAUGCUGAGCCUGUACCCUGAGUUCCCCCCGGCUGUGAUGUCUUCAGUCGCUUCAUGUGCAGAGUUUGUCUUCUUAUUGGAUCGAUCUGGCAGCAUGAGUGGUGCACGUAUAAAGAGUGCCACGGAUACUCUGCUGCUGCUGUUGAAGAGCAUACCACUAGGCUGCUAUUUCAACAUCUACAGUUUUGGAUCCAGCUAUGAACACAUCUUCCCUAAGAGUGUAGAGUACAACCAGAAGACCAUGGACGAAGCUCUGAAAAAUGUUGAGGAGAUGAAGGCUAAUCUGGGAGGAACAGAGAUCCUGAAGCCCCUCAAACAUAUUUACAGCCAGCCCUGCAUUCCCAAUCAACCUAGACAAAUAUUUGUCUUUACUGACGGAGCGGUGGGGAACACAAAAGAAGUCAUCAAUCUGGUGAAGCACAAUUCAGGUUCCCACAGGUGUUUCUCUUUUGGGAUUGGGGAAGGGGCCAGCUCUGCUCUCAUCAACGGGUUGGCCAAGGAAGGAGGAGGUCACGCUCAGUUCAUCACGGGGAUGGACAGGAUGCAACCCAAAGUGAUGCAGUCGCUGCGAUUUGCUCUGCAACCAGCUGUGGUGGACAUCUCAGUCAAGUGGGAUUUGCCAAAGGGAGUUUCUGUCACUGUUCUCUCUCCACCAAUCACAGCACUGUUCCAGGGUCAAAGGUCACUGGUUUAUGCCCAGCUCACUGGACAGAGUUCAGAGGCCUCAGAGGGCUGUGUGACGGUGAAGUACAGUCUGGCAGGUCAUCCCUCUCAGAACCAGCUUCACUUCAGUCUCAAACCUGCUGAGGACACUGGAUUAACAGUCCACAGGUUGGCUGCUCGGACUCUGAUUCGCUCGCUGGAGAUGGAGGAGAGAGAGCGUAAAGGAGAGGAAGAUGGAGGAGUGAAGAAGAAGGUGGUGGAGCUCAGUGUCCAAUCAGGAGUGAGCAGUGCCUUCACUGCCUUCAUUGCUGUCAACAAAGACAACAGCGAAGCUAUUCAAGGACCUCUGGUGCGCAGAAAUGUUCCAACACCCAGGAUGAUGGCCUGUAGUAUGCCGAAGUCCUGUGGUGUUCCUGUGAUUACUCAGAUGAUGGGCUAUAUGCCCCGGCCUGAUCCAAUGUCCUGUGGUGUUCCUGUGAUGGCUCUGAAGAACAGCUGUAAUAAGCGUCGGCGUGGUCCGAUGUCCUGUGCUGCUCCUGUGAUGGAUACGAUGGACAAGGGAACCACAUUUGAUGCUGGUGACGUUCCAUGUAGCUUAAAUGCUUUCUCCUCAGAAAGACGCUUGCCCAAACAGCCACCCAGAGACCCUUUGCUGCAGCUGGUCUCCCUCCAGAAGGCAGCUGGCUGCUGGGUGCUGGAUCCAGCUCUGGCUGCUGCACUGGGAAAGACCAGUGAGGAGGUGGAAAGGCCCAAGCCUGCAUCGGUGAACCAGGAAGUGUGGGCCACCAUUCUGGCUCUGAUCUGGCUUCAUGGUUUCAAGAUGGAUGCUCAGGAAGAGUGGGAGCUUCUGGCUAUGAAGGCUGUGUCAUGGCUCCGAGCUCAGAAAGCAUCCUGUGUGACAGAGUGUGUGGAAGCAGGAAAUGCUCUGUUGGGUUGCAACGUGCAGAAAGACACCCUGGGGAUCUGAUGUUUUCAUGAAAGUGCACUUUUCCUUCCGGACUGGUACACGGAAGCAGAUUUAUUCCAUAACCUUUUUCUUUUCUUCAACAUGAAACUCUUUACACUAUUUACAUUUCAUCAUACAAUCAUUCUUUUCUUGCCCAACUCCAUAGAGAUGGAUUGACAUGCACUUAAAACCUGUUAUGCACGAGGCCCCCAAAUUUGGGGUCUUCGAGCUUAAGGUUGGGUAGCACAUGUCGUCGAAAAAAUGCACAUAUCGAGAGCCAAUAUAAUGCAUGUAUACAUGUUAUAUACCAGAUUAAAUUAAAAAGGUCUGGGCAAUACUAUCAUCUAAGCCAUUUUUACAAACUCCAAACACAAUUCCACACAACUAAUAUAAUCAACUAGAAGAUUUACCACAAUAUCACGUAUUUUUCACCAUGACUCGGCGAGCUGCACACUCCGCUCCGAGCUACCAAAACAAAGCUACAAGCUAACACGGACAACUGAGGUAUCAGAAAGCAAGACAAUUCGACACAGAAUCCAGAGAUAUCUUCAGAAUUUCUCUCCAUGAAACCAGUACAGAGCUGUGAGCAAACAAACGCCAGAACAACAAACCGCUUCACCGGAAAAAAAUCUUAGCAGCACCUCACCUUUACGCUGAAUCAUGAAAGGUACGGCAUAAUUCCUCGUUUCCCGGCUAAAUACACUGUUGCUACGUAUAUCCUGUCUGUUUCUCAUCUAUUUCCUGGAGAAAGGGGCGUUAACCAAGCUUGUGGGAAGGAAUUUGACUUUUGGUGAUUGGAAUUUUACGCAGGGCGAGGAGCGUCGCGGUUUUGAUUUUUACUGGCUAACGAUUCUGUUAAUCAAGCCCACGUCAUGCCCACUGCAUUCCUGAGACUCUGACGCGUCGAACGAGGUGUCAUAGUCUGAAAUUGACCAAUCAUAGGCUGAGAAAGGCCCACAUACACACAAGGAAACUGAAAUUCAGACAAGAAAAUCCCAUGGAUGACAGACAGAAACAGGCUCAGAGAGGAUUCAGGCUGUCAAAAUGAUGCCAAACUGCUGUAUUUGGAUAG